AUGCCGUCUGACGAUGAUGAUUUCUCUCCAGGCGAGGCAGGGUUCUCCUCGGGCAGCGAACAAUACGACUCGGCACUAGAAGCCAUGGAGCUCGACGAGGAGGCAUCAAUCCCACUCGAUGUCGGAGUAGCCCACGAUGGUGAUGAUGACGAGGACGAUCUCUUUGUCGCUCCGGACGACGAGGAGGAUCCCGAGGCCACGGCUUUCGAUGCUGCCCACGCCAUGAAAGAACUACCUCACAUCGAGUCCGCCCCAGCGCAGUCUCUACCUUCAGAUGAUCGCAAGCCUCCCGACAACACCUUCGGUGACCUUGGCGAACUUGAUUGGAUUUCGCCCGAGAUGCAACACGCCAGAGGCCGGAAUCUAGUUCGCUUUGAGGCCGCAAAGAUCAAGACGAUUCAUCCUGGCCUCGGUAGUAGCAUUGUUGCGGGCGCAACAGUCGAAGAGCUCCUAAAGAAGACACCGCUUCGCAAGAUCACCACUUCCUUUCGCGCAACUACCGGCAUGCUCUCCUUCCGCACAGAUGGUGCCAGCAAGGAUGAAGUUCAUCAGGUACAUGUUGGUAAGAUGCCACAACCUCACGUCGAUGCCUUCAGACCCAUUCUUGUGCAAAUCCUCGAACAUCUGCCAUGCCGUCUGGGCGAGCUCGGUGCCGACGAUGUUCUCUGGGUAGUGUCCAUUGCAAAACGCUUAGCGCACAAGCUUGUUCCACAGAUUCGGCCAGAGCGAGUCCUACCACAUGCGAGACCUCCAAACAAGCGACAUUCAGACAUUUUCAUCGAAGGCAAAGUAUAUGGCAUUGAUACUAGCAAUCAAGAGAAGCCUGAAGUUUGGAGCAUGAAUUUUGUUGUGGAUCCUGGAACACUUCGAGACAUCCCUAUCUCGGUGCCUCCGGAAUAUGAAUGGGUCGAACGAACUAAGAAGAAAGAAGGCAGAUCUACAUAUCAACCUCUCGACAAGAAGCGCCUCAAUGAUCCGGCAAUUCUGCGUGCCCAGGACCUGGCAAAAGUCAUCGUUGCGACGUUCACGGGCUUCAUCGGCACGCGGUUCACCUGCAAGGAACGAGUGCUUCGCUUCCAAAUGCCCUACCUGAAGGAAGCUCGGAAGGCGCGCCAUGGAAAGAACGACAUCGAGUUUGGCCCCUAUCACGGUUUUCCGCUUUGGUAUGGUCCCAGACAAGCAGCCGAAUGCAACUACUUGUCCGUACUGUCACCUGGUAGCAACGUGAGCAAGGAUUGCACAGGCAGCCUGCCGGUUCUUUACAUUCGGUCUCAUGAUGUGAGAUACUGGAGCACACCUCUCGCAGCAAUGCUCGAAAGUUGCAUGGUGUCGGCAGAUCCAUACAAGAUCUGGAGGGCCGGAGCUAUCAAAUGUGAUGAGCAAAAUGCUGCCAUACGCAACGGUGCGCCACCUCCUGAUGCCGUACCGUGCGAGCAUGAUGACAAGAGCAAUUCCUGGCAUGUGUGCCUGCUGGGUUGUCGUCAUGCAAAGCUGUGUGCUGACAUGGUGACCGUCGAUGGGCUUGAGCACGAUAUUUGCAAGUCUUGUUUGGACAAAUUGGACGACGCCACUGCAGUAUCUGAGCUCCUGCCUCCAGAUCCUUCCCGACAAGGCGAGACUCGACUCAUGAAUCGAUUAUAUCGCUCGUUCAAGAUCGAAGCCAGCCACUAUGGAGAGGAACCGACCAAGGCCGACCUCCAAGCGCUUGUUGUGAAGGCUUUGAAGGAAAUGGAGUACACCGUGGUGAUCGACGAGGAUGGCCAUCCAAGUACCAGCAAGCGUUACGAUGCAUACUUCAGCCAGGUACUCGACGAUGCUGAUGAAUCAGCCCUUGUCGAAGAUUUCCGUGGUUACGCGCUUCAUCUAUUCGCGCCUGGACUCGACGCCAUCGAUCCAAUCCACAAGACAACUAAGGGCGAUAAGACCGUCACCGGGUAUCACACCCUUGGCAACUUGUCCGUAUGCUCUUUCCCAGCAAAUGCUUACAAAAAGCAUCAUGCUGUGGUCAUCUUCGUUGCUGUCUAUCAGCUCCGCAACGGUCUGGACGCAGCCGAGUAUCAGUCUGGCAUCGCGAUCUUGCGCAACAUCUACGUCAACAGCAUGGAAACGUUGCUGAAUCGUAGCCAACAGUGUUUUAAGGUCGGUAACGACGUUCAGCCAAAUUAUGACGAGGUCAAGCGCUGCUUCCGCACUGGAGAACGACUCGAUACUAUACAUGUUCCGCCGCAGCGACUCUGGGCCACAUUGGGUCUUAGACCUACGGACGAUGGCUGUCCAUACUGGCGUCCAGAGAAGUGGGACUACAUCAUUCAAGGAGUGACUGAAAUCGCACAGCUCAAUGGUCUCAACACGCCGGAACUGCGACGGCACUGGCUACGGUUCGACGCUAGUGCUGGUAUCAACGUCCCUUUCUUUGCCAGCGAGUACACAGUCGUUCAUCAUUGGACGCCGUAUGACUUCAUGACAUUCAUGUACGAACGAAAAGACCGACUGUGGACCGCUUGUGAUCGGUUAUAUGCCGCAAAGCAUGCGAAUGAACCUGAGCUUCGCCCAACUCUUCCAGUGGAGCUUCUCAUCUUCGAGUGGGCCCAGCAAUACAUGCGGCUCGUACGCCAACAUCUGGAUGAUCCAUCUUUUCCCCCUUUCAGAAGUCCUUGUGCAGAUUCCUGGCGGCUGCCAUUCACCCUGAACGUGGGUUCGCCACUCGAUGUGUCUUUCGGCCACAAGGACCCAGGAACGCAGAUGCGUACAGGCUACGAAAAGACAUGGCCGACCUCACAUGGUCCAGAAAGCUGGAAGUAUAAGCUCUCUGGCAUGGAAGUUGAGACACAGGGAAAGAACGGGUGUCGGUACAGUUACCCAGCCACCGUCACACACCUGAUCGAGGAACAAUUCGACCGCCCGAGGUGUAUCCUUGGUCCUCAGCUCAGCACAGAACUGAUCGCUGUGGGCAAUGUUCAGGGGCCAAAACCUGCUGCGCCGGGGUCAAAGCGAAAGUUCACUGUGAAGAAAGGUAAAGAUGGACUGUUCAGACCAAUCCAGGAUACGCCAAACCCUCCGGCAGGAAGUUCUAAAAGCCGGCGAUCUCUCCCUGCAGCCACGAAGCAGCCUCAGUCCCUGAAGGCUGCAUCCGCUACUCCAUCAACGAUCGCCACAAGUACUGCCAUCGGCCGCGCCAAUCUUGCUCGUAUGGGAAAUUCGUGUUGGUGGUCUGUUGGAAUUCAAGUGCUCUACAGCCUGGCGCCGGUACGAGCUUUGUUGAGAGGAAGCCUCCAAUGCCGUCCCGAGACCGGGCGCUUGAGAGAAGAACUGAUGGCGUAUGGCGAAGACCCGGUUUCGGAUCAUGAGUGGUUCAUGCACCACCUAAGCAUCGUGUUCGAUGAACUGGAUGCGGCCGCCACUGAUCACAACUCACCACGCGAGUACCAAAUGACUUCCGGCUCGAUACAGGCAUGCAACCAAGUACGGUUGCCAAAGCAUCAAUUACACGGUGACCGGAUCGAAGCCGCGACUGACUUCUUGUAUUGGCUUAUCGACAGAUUGGUGGUUGCAUUCGAUCGAUCGGACUCUGACACUCACUCAUUGCUCACACCACAAGAGAUCUACAACGCUGCUGUCGCUGCACAAAGCCGGCGCAAUGCUGGUGAGGAACAGCCUCAGACUUUACAAGAGGAUGCGGCGCAUGACAGACGCACUUGGGAGAACUUUGGGCGUACUUCUGACCUUGUCGACCUACUCUACCUACAAUUCGUCGAGGAGCCCGGUCGUCCAAGUUGUGGCCACUACAAACGCACUUUCCACAAUGAGCCCGGCCUGGUGCUGAAGUGGGAGGCUCGCAGUGAUCGUGUAGAUCUCCAGGCUUUGAUCAGCUUCUGGGCCAAGACGCCACCAGAGGAUGUCAAUGCAUGCAGACGCUGCGGUUCAGACCACGCAGUUCCAGCGUUGAGAGCCGUAACAAAGCUUCCGGAAAUCCUUCUUCUUCGGCUCGACCGCCCGCCUAAUGCCGAUCUGACGACCUGGGAUGAUCCUGUCAAACGCAUUCACUGGUCAAAGGUCGACAACUUGCUGACUAUCAAUGCUGCCUCAAUCACAGCCUACGACAAACUCCCGUCCUCGUCUGCAGUCGAUGUCACACUACCACCAGCUUCUACCGAUUCCUACGAACUUGUGGCUGUUUUCUCCCAGGUUGUCGGGGAUUUGUAUCAUUUUGUUGCGGCUACCUUGGACUCUUCAACAGGCCAAUUCGUCAAGUUCGAUGACCUUGCUGCUGUGCCCGAAUAUGUCGACUUGACCGAUCACCUUGAGGAGCCAGACGUGUUUCCCGUAGUGCUCGCUUACAAGCUACGUUCUAAGAUGUCGCCAGAACCCAUUGCUUCACAGCCUCACAUAUCUGCCUCCGCAGCGCCUCCCUUCCCUAAUAGGAUGAGCAAGGACGAUUUGCAGUCGCUGAUCAAAUCUGUGGAUCGAGGUGAACAUGACGUGGACCUGUUCGACUUCUUCAAGAUGGUUCUCAAGACGCUUCCGUUCGACGACGCGGAGAACAUCUAUAACGCUCCAAAUGCUCCGUCCAGCAAGGGCCCUCAAAAGCCAUCAACCUUCGACGAAGCCAAGGCGCGCUUCAAUCAGAAGCCGAACUGGGCCGCACCAACACUUGCGACCAUUGCGAAGUCAUCAAAGCCCACAGCAUCACAUAGUCUUCUCCGUGGAGUCAGUCCAACACGGGCAAAUACUCAGCAGCUUACGAAACCAUCUGGACGCCCUCGAUCUCCCGAAAAGACGCCGCCACCUCGGCCAGCUCCCGCACCACCAGUUGACAAGCCACUGCCUUCUGCACAGAAUCUUCCGGCACCGCCUGUCCCCUCUUUCACCUCCAAGCCUCCGGCCACGGGAAGAAGCAAGGGCAAUCGCAAAGUGUGCUCGAACCCACCGUGCGCUUCUACUAAGACCACGAUAUGGCAUGAAGAUGGUCAGGGCGGCCUUCAUUGUAAUGCUUGUCACGAAUGGGCCAAGCGGGGUAGGUCACUCGCGGAUCGAAUAGGCCCGGCUACGACACGUGCGGCCAAGGUAUGCUCAAACAAAAACUGUGCGAUUUCUGGAGCUUCACGAUAUCGCGCAGAUGGUCAGGGCGGAUAUCUUUGCAAUGGUUGUUAUCAGCAGAAAUCGGCUGGAAGGAGCCUUGAGAAUUGGCCGCCCCCCGGCGGUAGCAGGCGCACUUCGGGAGCCUCGAAAACUUCUUCUGCUUCGAAGCCCUCAACGGCUACUGCAAGUACUGCUGGCGCUGCUGGCGCUAGCGGUGCGACAGUUCCGUCUAGCGGACAAGAUGCCGGGCACUUGUCCCUGGUUGGCGACCAUGGUCUUACCGCGGAUGCUGGCGACGAUAGUCUCAUGGAGGAUGCUGGCGACGAUACUACCUUCAUGACCGCUGUCUCCGAGCCCGCUGAGCCUGAAAGCAGUGGAGACACAUCACUCACCGGUGCUGGUGCCGAUACCACUGUAUCACUUGGAGUCAGUGGAGGACCUGAACUUGCUCGAGGUGGCUCUCCAACCCCCGCGUCGCGUCGCAACACACGUCGAUCAAUGCAGACUGGCGGAUCUCGGCGCAGCUCAGGCGUUGGCACAUCAGAGGCGCCGCCGCAGGUCGAUCGGAGUCGCUUCAAUGCCUUCCGCAGACGGUUCGACUCAUCAGUCAUCAUCCCUACGAGGUAUUCGAUGAGUCGAACUCGGAUGCAUCUGUCGACGAUGUACACAAUGCGAUCAACGCGAUCGGAAACCAAGCGCAGCAGUUUACUCGCGAAGAGACUGACGCCCUGCUUCAAGAAAUGGUCUCGGAAUUUCGGAUUGAUGUGA